AUGAACCCAGAUAACCUACCUCCUGAUCCUACUAUAUCACCUAUUGGUCUUUGUCCAGGAAGAUCCAACCGCCCAUGUGGAAGACCUAUGCCACCUAUAGCUAUAUACAAAGCUACUGGAUCUCCUUCCAAGAGGCAUUUGAAAGGAUCUCUCUGUCAAACUGGCUAUCCUCGCACUCUUAGACCUUAUAUUUCCAUUUCAAACACUGCCAAUCAUUCUUCUUCUCAGCCAAAUCAGACUCAACAAAGACGAGCUCAGUCCAACUCUACUGGUGUUAUUCCUAUUCCAAUAUCAGAUAAACUACUCUGCACAGUUUCUACAUGCUUUACAAAGUCAGGAACCCGAACUCAAGGGAGUAGAACUUGCAUUGAAAAUAAAUGCAAGACCUGUUGUACCAAAGCUUGCAAAGAUGCCAUUUCUAAGCAAGCUUUUAGAAAGGCAUGUCAUGCCCAUCGCCAGCCCGAAAAUGUACCUUAUGCUCCUGAUAUUUCAACUCCUGCUUCUCCAGAAAGAAUCUCUCAAGUUCAUUCUCCUCCUCUUCCUCCUCUUUCUACCCAAUCUGUUACCCAAAACAUUUCUAUCUCACCACCACCGAGCCCUUUCAAUAUUUCUGCUUCUCAGGUCUCUCCAAAUCAAUCCCCAAACCAGGAUAUGGUUAUUUCUACACCACCUGCUACUCAGUUCGGACUUGGACAGGUUAUUCCAAGAGGCCUGGCUCAACCUGUAGGAGGUACAUGGGCACAAAAGCGAACAGGAUUACUUAGUCAUACCCGAAACCUCAAAUCUCUAAAAGUUAAACAACAUGAAAUGGAUGAACAACGAAAAAGAACAUACUCUGCUGAGUUAAUGAAAAACUUGGAGCUUCAGCCAACAACCAAACUGGAUUACUGGAAAGGAGAAUGGGUAACUCUCACCAUGGAAAGUGUUCUUACUGUUGAAAAGGGCCAAAGACUGAUUUUAAAAAUCCGUCCAAGCCUUAGAGAAACAUUAGAGCACUGUCCUGGAAUUGAAGAUGAGCUCAAACUACAACCAAAGACAUCACAAGCUUUGUUAGCCCAACAACACACCACAUUAGUGUCGCCUAUUCGUCAAUCUGCAAUACAGGAAGCAUCUUCUCUAACAAUUACACAUUCUACCUCAAGAAAUCGGAAGAAGCGCCCACAUGGAUAUAGAACCCCAAAUUCAUCAGACAGUGAUUUACCCCCACCACCAAAAGUUCUAAAGAAAUCUCAUAACUUACCACCACCACCAAAGGUUCUAAAGAAAUCUCAUAACUCUACAAAGCAGUGGCCGUUUGAUUUCAAGGUCUAUCAAAUUCACAAUGGAUUUCUUCAAAUGCAAGAAACACUAUCCAAAUCUCAAACCUCUAGAAGCAACCCUUAUAUGAAGUCAUCCAAGAAAUCUGCAUUAUCUAUUCGUCCAAGAUCUCGUAUAAGUGUCAAAGAUGCUUUCUAUGCUGCUUUUCCAGAUGCUUCUUUUCACAAAUCCACAUUUUAUGAACACAAAUCUUAUUGGAAAACAUAUGACAAAGAUAUUGUUGGCUAUUUUGUGGACAUGGGCAACUCGAAACAGGCAACAUAUAGGUCAUUACAGGCUGCCUUAAAAAACCCCCAGGAUAUUCCAGAUACCUUUUCUGAGUCCUCCUCUUCAGACAGCUUGGAUGACUCAAGUUCUUCAGAAAACAUCAGUCCUAGUGCUCGUGUCAGCCCUCUUUCCCAUAUUUCCUUGCCUCAUAUAGCUCAGUCUAAUGUCAAUGGUGGAUUAUUGACCAAAGAAAAGAUAUCCAGUCUCCGUCAUCAAAUCCAGGGUGAUAAAGAAUUACUUUGUUACGUUCUUAUGGACCCUGAAGAAAGCAUGUUUUUCUGUAAUUCCAGAAAAACCUUUGAAGCUAGCUGCAGUCAAACUCCGGAUAAAUCAAAGAAUCAACUUCUUUUAGAUUGCAUUGCCUACUAUGGUCCAGAGAUACAAGCUCUUAUUAUUUCUGAGCUAAGAGAAAUGUUUCCUGAAGAUUCAGAAGACAUAGAUAUGUCAAUUCUACAGCCUCUCACCUAUGAUUCAGUUAUUGAAGAGGUGCUUUUUCCUGAAACAGUGACACUUCUCAUUCAAGAAGAUCUUCGGAUUUCUAUGCUAGAAGUAAUGCAACUUUUGCAAGACAAGCAUGCUAUCACCAAGGAUGCAGCAAUAUCUACUCCUACUAUAAAAGAAGAGAAGAGUGAUAGUAUUACCCUCACUGGCUCUGCAAAAGGAAAAGAGCGUGCUGUUAUCAGCGGUGAUAUUAUUGACCUGACCGUGGAUUCUCCAGGCCAAAAACCUAUCAAGCAGGAUGUUUCUGCUCAUCCUGGCAUUGCUUUUGGUACCUGGGAAAUCAUUGACUUGACUUUAGAGCCUGAUUCUCUGUAG